GACUCACUGCUUUCUGAAACUCUGUUAAGAAAAAACACUGAUUAAUCUUUGCUUAUUUCUCACGCCGUGUUCUUCUGAGUUCAACAAUGGAUGAAAAAUACACAACGGGUUUAAGCUCUAAUAAGCUUCCUACCUCCGAUGAGGUACUUGACGAAUUAAAGGAGCUUUGGUCGAUGGCCUUUCCCGUAUCGGCGAUGAACUGUCUUGUCUACAUCCGUGCCUUGGUUUCCGUUCUAUUUCUAGGCCAUCUAGGCAGCCUAGAACUCGCCGGCGGCGCUUUAUCGAUCGGUUUCACCAACAUCACAGGCUAUUCUGUUCUCGUUGGCCUAGCAUCAGGUCUUGAACCCGUUUGCAGUCAGGCUUACGGGAAUAAAAACAUGGACCUACUUCAAGUAUCCCUCCACCGAAUGAUCACAAUCCUAUUACUAGCGAUAAUACCAAUCGGGUUAAUUUGGAUCAAUCUAGAAUCAAUAAUGUUAUUCUUGGGUCAAGACAGUGAAAUCACUUCAAUGGCCGCAACUUACUGUCUUUUUUCUCUCCCUGACCUAUUAACCAACUCAUUACUGCAGCCUUUACGGGUAUUCCUCAGGUCGCAAGGGAUUACAAAACCGAUGAUGUAUUGCACACUGGCGGCGGUUGCACUUCACGUGCCUUUGAAUUUUGUUAUGGUAAUGGGGUUGGGAAUGGGUGUAAGAGGAGUGGCGGUUGCUUCUGUGAUGACCAAUUUGAAUAUGGCAGUGUGUUUGAUGGGUUAUGUUUGGAUUAAGGGUCUGUGGGAUUGGCGGUGUUUGAAGGCGUCGAACGGUGGCGGCGGCGGCGGCGGCGGCGGCGGCGGAGGGAUUGGAGAGUUGUUGAAGCUGGCGGUGCCAAGUUGUGUUGGUAUAUGUUUGGAGUGGUGGUGGUAUGAGAUUGUGACGGUUCUUGCCGGAUACUUGCCGGCUCCGAGGAAUGCGGUGGCGGCGACCGGAAUACUUAUUCAGACAACCAGUCUUAUGUAUACUAUUCCAAUGGCUCUCGCCGGCUGCGUUUCUGCCAGGGUUGGUAACGAGCUAGGAGCUGGGCGGCCUUUCAAGGCGAAGUUAGCUGCGAUUGUGGCUCUGGGUUGUGCUAUUCUCAUAGGCUUCCUAAACUUGUCAUUGACCGUGAUCUUCCGUGAGAAGUGGCCCGAAAUAUUUACUCGUGACAAAAUGGUAACUUCCUUGGUCGCUUCAGUUUUACCGAUUAUGGGCCUAUGUGAGCUUGGAAACUGUCCUCAAACAACCGGAUGUGGGGUCCUACGUGGCACGGCUCGUCCUGUCAUAGGGGCUAGGAUAAACCUAGGGUCCUUCUACAUUGUGGGUACGCCCGUGGCUGUUUUACUAGCUUUCUGGCUUCGGGUUGGAUUCAGCGGUCUUUGGUAUGGGCUUCUAUCGGCCCAAGUGUCGUGCGCUGUGUGGGUUAUGUAUGUGGUGGUGAAGACAGAUUGGGAAGGGGAGUCACUUAAGGCUAAGAGGCUGGCUGGGGCAGUUAUUGGUGGCUUAGAAAUGGGGAAUGGGAAAUUAGGGAUGGAAGAAAGUAAUGAUGAGGAAAAAAAUGUGUUAUUGAUAGAGGAAUAGUCAUAUUGAGAAUGUUUCCUAAGGGGAGAAAAUAAAUUGUCUUUUUUCUUGAGAAUGGUGAAAGGAUGGCUUGUUUCCUAGCCAUACUUGUUUUGGUGUCCUUGGUCAGAUCUUUUUUGCUUGGACUCUCUGUGUUGAUAUGUUUAUCGAAAUGAAUUAUAGGCAUGGGGAAAUGAUUGUUUUAUGCCCCAUAUAUAUGGACCCCAUUCUAGUUUCUUAUGGCCUAUUAGUAUUAUUAGCAAGUUCUAUUUUCUCUCAAUUCU